UGUCUCCUUCAAAUCUCCAUUUCUGAGAGUUCUGGGCGCCUAACAUGCCAAAGAAAUCAAAAGCAUCAAAGGAUAUUGUCCAACCAUCACAUAAGUCUGCAGUGUCGCCAGCUCUUACGUUUCCAGACAUCUUGCAGAAAGAAGCUCUCGAAUGUCGCGUACUGCUGGAAGACCAGAUUAUCCUUAUAGAUGAGUUUCUUUCUGUUGAAGAAUGUAAACGCUUUGUGAAGUUUAUCGACAACGCCCCAUUGGAGUUAACACCUCCAAAGAAGAAGGGGGAGGCUGAGAGGGUCAAUUUUCGUUUUUCUGUGACCUCUGUUUUCUUUGCUCAGAAGUUACAUUCCCUUCUGUUGCCACAUCUCCCAUCUUUCCCUCCUCCGACUUCAGCCAGGCGUCGCCCUCCCCUUGACGAAAAGCGCUCACCUCACUCAUGCAACUCAAAUAUUCGCAUGUACAAAUACACGCCAUCCCAGUACUUUGGUCCCCACUAUGACGAUUCUGUCCGUGACCCAGAGACGGAAGCAAAAUCUGAAUGGACAGUGCUUGUUUACCUAACUGGAAUCGAGGAUGGAGUUGAAGGCGGUGAGACACUAUUCUACAAGGAUGAGCGGGGGAAAGCACGCGAAACCAUUGUAGCACCUCUAACGCGUGGAACUGUUCUCCUCCAUCGCCACGGAAAUGAAUGCUUACUUCACGAGGGUUCGCUAGUCCGCAAUGGCACUAAGUACAUCCUCCGCUCAGAUCUCAUGUUCAUGUAAUGAUUAUCACGAUCGCCAUAUUGUAAUCGCGAUCUCUGGUAAUCAGGGCUAGGGCUUGGUUGGAUGGUUGGACUUGCAGUUCACUUGUUAACUUUAGACCAAGCUUUAGUCAGCUCUACAUUCGACUUGCGAAUCUUGCAUUGAGAACACAAAAUAGGAGGAACACGACACCCUCAACACUUAA